AUGGAUGACAAAGAUAACCCCGAUCCUAGCUUCGACAUUAGCAAAGUCUCACAAGAACUUGCGAACCAUUUAAAUGCCUAUGAAAACAGCGCAGAAGUCAUGAAUGAUAUCCGUAAUACUAUUGAGACAACAACAGUCCAAAUGGAAGAUACCAAAAGAUCUUUGGAACAGGUUCGUUCUGACGCCGAUACGCGUUCUGAAGUUGCCUCGAAAGAACUUUACGAGGCUGCCCAUCACUUGGACGCAUUAUAUGAUAAGAUCGAUGCAUUGGAACGGUUCGUAAAUAUAGUCAAAGGAAGCGUAAACGAAGUAGCGGAUCGUGUUGAGGAAGCAGAAAGUUUUCUUACAAGUCCGAUUAAUCGAGUUUUAGAUACAAUAAGACUGAAUACGGCCAAAUCAGUUGGCCCCGAUGAUUUAAGUCUUCCACCAAUGAAACCUUUAAAUAUUUAUUGUACCUCUGAUUAUUUUCCGUCAUCAUCCAAUGAAUGA